CGCACAUGGAGCAGCAAUGGCAAAUCAUGCAGUCUUAUUUUUCCUUUUUGUGGUGGAGGUAUUUCCAAAAGGUCUAACAGAUGUGAUACAAACACAGCAGACUGUGAUGGUAAAAGUAGGAGAAGAUGUUCAUCUCAGCUGUCAGCUCAUGCAGACUAAAGAUGUUCUUCAGGUCACCUGGCAGAAAGAUUUACCUGAAGGGAAGAAGAAUCUUUGCAGCUACAACAAAUACUUUGGACAAACAGUGAAUCCUGGUUUUCAGGGGAAAGUGGAGUUUACAGAUGCUGGACUGAAGAACUGCUCCAUAGUUAUCAGGAAGGUGAUGGAGCAGGAUGAAGGCUGCUAUCUCUGUUUGUUUAACACGUAUCCUGAUGGUUCUCUGACAGGAAGAACCUGCCUCCAUCUCUAUGAGUUGCAUGAACCCAUUCUACAAAUCAUAGAAUCAAACUCUACUGAAGAGACAGUUGUGUCCUGCUCGGCCACAGGUCGUCCUGCUCCCACAGUAACUCUGAAUGUCCCACAACAAGACCUCUACUUCUCUAACAGCAGCACAGUCAGUGUCACCAACACCAACACUACAGUCACUGUCACCACUACAGCUGUGCUGUCUGGUUUCCAUGGAAACGGCGCACAAGUUGGAUGUGCAGCACGACUGCUCUCAGUCCCUGAAAUUCAGGUGUUUAAGACGAUUCCUGCAUCGAGACUGUCAUUUUUGGUUGGUGAGAAACCCUUCAAUCAAUCACCUGAUGAUGAUUUCACUUUGAUCGUUGCAUCAUUCACAGCAGGGACCAUUGUUUGUGUUGCUGUAGUUGUCAUUGUCAUCGCUUUCCUGCUCAAACAUAAACAUAACAAGUAA